AUGCUCGGACGAUCCUCAGGGCCCGCGGCACGGACCGCCAGGCAGCAACUCCAAUCCAAAACUCGUUUUAUCAACUCUCGAUUUCAAUCCACCGCAUCCUCAGGUGCCUCUUCUGGUAGCAGUCCCGCUUUGAUUGGAGGUCUAGCAGGUGGAGGUGUCGCAAUCGUUACGGGAUACACCUGGUACCACUUCUCUGGAGCCAAGACGAUCGUCAACACCAGCAAGCAGACACAAGCAUAUCUCGAAAAGACCAAGCAAACAAUUGCACAGAAGACACCCGAGCCCAAUGAGGCAUUCCGUUGGUUGAAAGACACGGCGAAGAGUUAUGCCGUCUUUAUCCCGGGCGCGCGGGGCUACGUCGACACGAUGUUUGAUGACCUUGAUACGAUCAGGAAUGACCAUGGCAAAGAAUUCGACGAAAUUGUCAGCAAUGCGUACAACGAACUGAAGGAUAUCGUGAACAAGGAAGGGCUCAGCGCAGAAUCGGCUUCUCAGGCUCUAAGCGUGCUACAAAAGCAUGUUAAGCAGCUGUUUGAUCUGGCUGGCGACGCUGCAGAGAAUGUCUUGGACAAUCACCCUCAACUCAAGGAGAAGAUCGGUGGCAGCUUUGGCCAGCUGAAGGAUAUGGGCGAGGCUUAUGGCCCCCAGGCGAAAGAGGAGGUGAACAAGACAUGGCAGCAAAUAUCCAGCAUUGUGCAGCGCGGCGCAAGUGUCGACUCAGCUGAAGAAAUCAAAAAGUUGAUCCAAGAGAAGAAAGACAAGCUCCAAAAGUAUGGAGAAGAGGCAUGGAAGAAGGGCGUUGAAGAGUCACAGCAAUAUCUCGACAAAAGUCCCAAGAUCAAGAAAUUGGUCGAAGAAAACGCCGAUGCUUUGAAGAAGGGGAAUUUCAAAGACCUGUGGGGCCUUGUCAAAGACAGCGCUUCUUCCGGAAAGACGGAGGAUGUGGAGAAGUACAUCAAGGAGAAGGUUGACCAAGCGAAGAACAGUGGCUUCGGCGACCUGAACAAGUGGCUAGACAUGGUACCUGGUGGUUCCAACGUCAUCCCUCAGCUCCAGUCAUUGCAGGCUAUUGCUCAAAAGAAGGGCAGUGAGGCCGAGACCGUUCUCAAGGAGACUGUUGAGGAGAUCCAGGAUGUGCUGAAGAAGCGAAAGGAACAGGUGGAAAAGAUCGCCGAGGAAGGAAAGAAAGAGAGCAAAUGA